AUGUAUACGAAUGGAAAUGGUGUUUGUUCUACCAAUGGUCAAUAUAAACAUUUAGAUGUUCCUGGGCAAAAGGAACAUCACGAAGAUGAAAAUGGAACGAAUGGAAACGACAAAGAGGCUACCAGAUACCCAGAUGGAUCCGUACGGUUAAGAAACCCCCACAUCGAACUUAUGGACCAAGACAUUUUGUAUCAUCUAGCUCUGGGAAGCGAGUCUCAUGAUCUUAUUGAAAUGUUUGGUGAUAUAAAAUUCGUGUGUAUGGGAGGAACACCAAAGAGAAUGGAAAAUUUUGCCGAGUAUAUCAUGAAAGAGAUCGGUCAUAAAUUACCAACAGGAACUCAGUUAAUGGAUAUAAGUCAGUAUUCUUAUCGCUACAGUAUGUACAAAGUGGGGCCUGUACUGUCUAUUAGUCAUGGCAUGGGUGCCCCAUCCAUCGGUAUCCUUCUUCAUGAAGUGAUAAAACUAAUGUACCACGCGAAAUGUAGGGAUCCAAUUUUCUUUAGGAUUGGAACGUGUGGAGGCAUUGGUCUGGAAGGAGGUACCGUAGUGAUAUCUGACGAUGCAGCUGAUGGUAUGAUGAACAAAUAUUAUCAAGUGCCAAUUCUUGGAAAAAUUGUUAAAAGACCUGCAAAAUUGGACAAGAAACUAGUUCGGGAACUCAAAGCCUUAUCAAAUCCUGAAGAUCCUUAUGACACCGUGACGGGUACCACUAUGUGUGCUGAUGAUUUCUAUGAAGGCCAAGGAAGAUUAGACGGAGCAUUCUGUGAAUAUACUGAAGCCGAAAAAAUGGAAUACUUGGAACGUUUAGUAAGCAACGGAAUCAAAAACAUUGAAAUGGAAGCUACUACAUUUGCUGCUCUUACUCACCACGCUGGAAUCAGCGCAGCAAUUGUUUGCGUCACCCUCCUGGAUAGAUUAAAAGGAGAUCAGGUAGCAACUCCAAAGGAAGUACUUACCGAAUGGCAACUCAGACCACAAAUACUAGUAGCCCGGUACAUCAAGAGGUAUUUACAAACCAAAGGACGAAUAUCAUUCGACGGACACGGAUCUAUGGCUGUGAAGAGUCCAAGACGUUUCAAACUUGUACAACAAGAAUCCCAAACGUUUGAAUAA